CGUGCGCGUGCCCGCAUCUAGUAGACGGUUAUGCGGUACAGAAAUCAAGGAGGAGAAACAGCGCUGACUGAGCCGGAAAAUCGGAAGUGACUUUCAGCAGAGACUUAUCUCGUUCGUUUUAAGUUUUGUACCUGCUUGUGUGACUUGACAGAAGCGAAACGCCUCGUGUAAGAAGAUGGCAAUUGAAUCGCACUGUUGAGCGUUCCAGUGGGUCGCCUGUUAUGCUCUGUCCUGGUGUGUCACAAGCUAAAGGUGCUUCAAGCGACGCCGGUUUGCCUGCGAUUGUGAGAUUGUUUGUCUCAUCUCACAAUCCGUCCUGCUGAGGAGCUGCUCGGGACUGUUCACCAGCUCCCAACUUGGGGCAGAGACAGCACCCCCACCCUCCUGCCAAAAUGGUGCUGUCACAGAGGCAACGAGACGAACUAAAUCGAGCUAUAGCUGAUUAUCUACGCUCUAAUGGCUAUGAAGAGGCAUAUUCUGUUUUUAAGAAGGAAGCAGAGCUGGAUAUGAAUGAGGAGCUGGAUAAGAAGUACGCUGGCCUUUUGGAAAAGAAAUGGACCUCAGUCAUCAGAUUACAAAAGAAGGUAAUGGAGUUGGAGUCAAAGCUAAACGAAGCAAAGGAGGAAAUCACUUUAGGAGGCCCCCUGGUGCAGAAAAGAGACCCCAAAGAGUGGAUACCACGCCCACCUGAGAAGUACGCCCUCAGCGGUCACAGAAGCCCUGUCACACGCGUCAUCUUUCACCCUGUGUUUAGUCUCAUGGUCUCUGCUUCAGAAGAUGCCACCAUAAAGGUUUGGGAUUACGAGGCUGGAGACUUUGAGCGUACACUGAAGGGUCACACUGACUCGGUGCAGGACAUCUCCUUUGAUCAGACUGGAAAGCUGCUGGCUUCCUGCUCUGCGGAUAUGACCAUCAAACUCUGGGACUUCCAGGGCUUUGAAUGCAUCAGGACCAUGCAUGGACACGAUCACAAUGUGUCGUCAGUUGCCAUCAUGCCCAACGGUGAUCACAUAGUGUCUGCCUCUAGGGAUAAGACCAUGAAAAUGUGGGAGGUGGCCACGGGCUACUGUGUGAAGACGUUCACUGGUCACAGGGAGUGGGUGCGUAUGGUUCGACCCAAUCAAGAUGGCACGCUGUUGGCUAGCUGCUCCAAUGACCAGACGGUACGUGUGUGGGUGGUGGCCACCAAGGAGUGCAAGGCGGAGCUGCGGGAGCACGAGCACGUAGUGGAGUGUAUCUCCUGGGCCCCUGAGAGCGCUCACCCCACCAUAUCUGAGGCCACUGGCUCUGAGAACAAGAAGAGUGGAAAGCCUGGCCCAUUCCUGUUGUCCGGAUCCAGAGACAAGACCAUCAAGAUGUGGGACAUAAGUACUGGCAUGUGCCUUAUGACGCUGGUUGGUCAUGAUAACUGGGUGCGUGGAGUGCUGUUCCAUCCAGGUGGAAAGUUCGUAGUGAGCUGCGCUGAUGAUAAGACACUACGUAUCUGGGACUAUAAGAACAAGCGUUGCAUGAAGACCUUGAGUGCCCAUGAACACUUUGUUACCUCUCUGGAUUUCCACAAGACUUCUCCUUACGUGGUGACAGGAAGUGUAGAUCAAACGGUCAAAGUGUGGGAAUGUCGCUGAUCGCCUAGGAACCGCCCCUCUUUCCCUUUCCCCUACGCCACCACUUUGGCCACUCCCACACCUGCUCUUCAGGAUGCAGUCAUUACUAUGGUUACCACCUCAUCCAGCUCUCUUCUAAUAACUAUUGUCCUUUUAUGUAAAUUACUCUGGAUGUAGUUUGAGCUUAUUAAAUGUUACACGAGACACUCACAAGGAGAAAAAAUGAAAUAAGUAAAAAGUAAAACAAGUAUUCUUGCAUGGUGAAUCCAAAACUUGUAUACUGUAAAUCUUUUGCUUCUCAUCAUCUCAAAGUAUCAUAGGGAUGUGGAGCACAGGUGGUGCUCGAACGUUAAGUGUUUCUGGACAGAAGGCAGAAUGAUGCAGUUUGGGGAAGUUCAGAAUACAGGGCACACAAAAUUAUCUGUCGGGUUUGUUUUAUUUGUUGCAGUCUGCUUUACACAAGAUAGAAAAAAGAUACUGGGGGGCAUGGGGGGGGGCGUAUCCCUUCCACUGGUUGCAUAGGUUUUCCCCUUACUAGAACAUUUUGGAUCAACGUUCAUAUUAGUGUUCAGAAUACAAGUUAAUUUGUUUGUGCAUUUCUCCUUCAUUGGCCUUCCACUUUUGCUCUUGUCAUUUUACACUAUAAAGAUAGUUUUAUUUAAACCUUCUGCUCAGACCGCCACAUUUGGCCAAUUUAUUUUAAAAUACAUUUCUAACAUAGCAUCCCACUCGACGACAGAAAACACCCGAGUAAGAAAAGAGAAAACGCAGUGACAAAGAUCAGUAAAGUGCACUUUUCCCUGGAGAUAGUUUCACACAGGGUUUAUAUUUUGCUUCUUUUUGUUUUUAUUUUUGUACAGAAAAUAUAGUCUGAUGCCCUCCAUUGCCACACCGUGCCCGUGGAGGGCCUCGACAAAAUGUAUUUACUGACAGACAGGGCAAGUUGAAUGCCACUUCAUUCUUGGUUCUGAAAAAUCACUUCUGUAUGUUUGACGUUUUCAGGACUGCAUAUUAUAUAUGACUAGGGACAAAGCACUUACCACAGACAGCCGCAAAACCACUUGUUUUCAUUAUAACCACCUAAGUUCUAACAACGGCAAUCUUAGAGGGGAGUUUGCUUCUUAAAAGGAUUCAUAACCUCUUAUUAUUCACCGUACGUCAUUCUGCUGCUUGUCUGCUGUCCGUCUGCUCCCUCUCACGUUUGUGAAGCGUUUUGGAAACGUGGUCCGUAAAGGCUUCUUGACGUACUCUGUGGCACUGCUCCGUGACUUUGUGCUGAAUCUAGUCAGUCUCUCUUGAAUCAGGGAGGUUUUCGGCAUCGUAGGAACAAACACGCAGUCGGUGAGGCUCGCUAUUCUGGACCUUGCGGAGUUUGUGUUUAAAGACGGCGUCUCCGCGGUAGGUCAACGUGCAAUAACUGUAGGCUGCUCUGUGUUAACUCUUAAGGAAGAGGGUAUGUAUGUGUUUGCCCUGAACACUUUUAUAGGAAGGUGGCCUCCUGUGGCGAUUCAUGGAGCGGUAUGAUGAUGAUGAUGAUGAUGUUCUCUUCUGGCUGCCAUACUAUGGCAACAAUUAGCAACUUAUAAGACUACAUCUGUGAUGAGUAGUUUGCUGUGCUUGCUGGUCAGCAGCGUACUGUUUUUAACAGUAGAGUCGUGUGCGCCCAACCACUGCCAUCCCAAAGCUAUGUUUGUAGCACAUGUGGGUGUGUGCGUGGAGGUCUGUGUGCAUACAGUGGGCUCUGACUCCAGCUGUCCGCUUUCUCUGCCUUGUUAAUGUACUGAGAAUCCCCAAUAUCGAGGACUUCAUUCUGCUUUUUGUGGUCUCACUGUUGACACGCGCUCGUGCGCUCACGUAAAUAAAUAUUUGUCCAUCAGUAUAUCUUGAUGUCAUUGUUUGCAACAUAAUUAAAAAUAAUAAAAUAUCUGUAAAUAUAAAGCAGCGGAGUGGUGUUUCUUUC